AGAGGCUGUUAAUGCUGACAUUCUGUGGCCAGUUCUGGAUUUUCAUUUUAUAUUCACCAACAAGAUUUAACUUUAUAUUUUUUUGUUUUCCUGGGUGGGCAAUGAAAUCAUGAAAACGCUUAAAAUGAACUCCCUCCUUGGUUUUGCUGUAUUUCAGGCUUUACUGUGUCUGGUAGCCAGCUCAGAUCUGCAUAAAGAAGGCUACUGUACUUUUUAUGAUGAAUGUGGUAAAAACCCCACAAUUGAAAAUGGUUUUCUUAACCUAAUAAUUCCUUGUGUGUAUCACGGACCAGCUAAGAAGGCAACAGAAGACGUCUUGAUCAAGUUAAAGGAGGUUUGUCCAAUGCUGGACCACGGGCCUAACACCAUGGUGUGCUGUAAUUUCAAGCAGCUCAAGACUCUUCAAGAAAGCUUAUUUACUUCCAAAGCUAUUCUGGGCCGAUGUCCUUCCUGUGUUGAAAACUUUAUAAACAUCUACUGCCAAAACACAUGUAGUCCCAACCAAAGCCUGCACAUUAACAUUACCAAAACAGUGAAUGUUACUAUUAAUGGACAGGUAAAAGAGGCAGUGUUGGAGUAUCAAGCUUACUUUGAUAGACAGUUUGCAGACGAUUCAUUCAAUUCUUGCAAGAGUGUAAGGCUCCUAACCACAGGGAACUACGCUAUCUCCGCCAUGUGUGGCAAAUAUGGCCAUACUCAUUGCACAACUCAGCGCUGGUUAGAUUACCAAGGAGAUUCCAGCAAUGGAUUAGCACCUCUAGACGUUAUCUUCAAGUUGAUCAAUAAUCAUACAGUCGUGGGAAAUGGCAUUGUACCCUACAAUUCCAAAGCUUGGCACUGCAACGAGCCCACAUCACCAAAUGCAACAGCUUGUUCAUGCCUAGACUGUGUGCAGUCUUGCCCUGUAAUCCCAACACCAGUAGUUAAGGACAACAGCUUCACCAUUGGAAGAGCAGAUGGGGUGCUGGUUAUCUCUCUCAUUAUCUUUUGUGGCCUCCUGCUUUUAUUCUUCAGUUUUGUGAUUUACAAGAGAAUGUGUUGUUUUUGCAAGCCCUCUUUGAAAGACCCUGAUGACAACAGCCUAGUAAAGCCUGACUACCAGCAUGAGCCCUCGUGCUCGGAGAAAGUAACAGUGGCGACCCAGGAUGUACUUGGAUCCUUCUUUGAGAAGUGGGGCACCUUGAUGGCUCUCCAUCCAGUCAAGGUUAUUGUAAUCUGUUUAGUUUUAGUUCUAGUUUUAUCAGUUGGCAUGAUCUUUAUUAAACUGACAACUGAUCCAGUGGAGUUAUGGUCUGCUCCUGAAAGCCGAGCUAGAAAGGAAAAAGAUUUUCAUGACAAAAUGUUUGAUCCAUUUUUCCGUACCAAUCAAGUUAUUCUUACAGCUCCCAACAGACCUUUAUAUACCUACGACUCAGUUAUGUUUGGACAGUUAAAUUUUAGUGGUCUUCUGUCUAAGGAUCUCAUCUUACAGCUCAUAGAACUGCAGUCAAGAAUCCAGGCCAUUGAGUUUUGGUCUGACGAAUUGGGUAGGAAUGCUAGUCUCAAGGAUGUCUGCUAUGCUCCUUUGAAUCCUUUUAAUGCCACACUGACUGACUGUGCUGUCAAUAGUCUGGUACAAUACUUCCAAAAUAAUCCAAGCAACAUUGAGGCAAAAGCUAAUACAACCAUUUUUGGAGAACAUGGGGAAGUUGACUGGAGGGAUCAUUUCCUUUACUGUACAAACUCUCCUCUGACCUUCAAAGAUACAACAGGCCUUGGACUCAGUUGCAUGGCUGAUUAUGGAGCUCCAGUGUUCCCUUUCCUGGCAGUUGGAGGCUAUGAAAACAAUGAUUACUCCUUGGCACAAGCACUCAUCCUCACAUUUUCACUAAACAACUAUCCUCGGGGCGACUCCAAGUUCAAAAUUGUUGAAAAAUGGGAGCAGAAGUACUUAGAGAUUAUCCAGGAGUACCAGAAAAACCCUUCAACCAACUUCACAUUGGCAUAUAUGGCAGAGAGAUCACUAGAAGAUGAAAUCAACAGGACAACAGCAGAAGACAUUCCAGUGUUUAUGAUCAGCUACAUUGUAAUCUUUAUUUACAUUGCUUUGGCUCUCGGCGAGUACUCUUCAUGUAAACGUGUGCUGAUUGACUCAAAGAUUGUUGUGGGACUUGGAGGAAUCUUGGUGGUGGGGUGUGCUGUUCUGUCCUCCAUGGGCUUCUAUGCCUGGAUUGGAAUUCCAUCCUCACUUAUUAUCUUGGAAGUUGUGCCCUUUCUAGUGCUGGCAGUGGGAGCGGACAAUGUCUUCAUCUUUGUGCUGGAGCUGCAGAGAGAUGAGAGAAAGCCAGGUGAGAAGACAGAGGAACAUAUUGGAAGAGUGCUUGGCUCUGUAGCUCCCAGCAUGCUCCUGUGCAGCCUGUCAGAGUCUAUAUGCUUCUUUUUAGGAGCACUCAGUACCAUGCCAGCCGUGAAGACAUUUGCUUUAUAUGCUGCUCUUGCAGUGUUAUUUGACUUUCUCCUCCAAAUGACUGCCUUUGUGGCACUGCUUUCUCUGGAUGCAAAGCGGCAAGAAGCCAUGCGUUAUGAUGUGGUCUGCUGUAUCAAGACCAAGAGUAAAACCAAACAGAAGAAAAAGAGUGAAGGCUUUCUCAUGCCACUCAUGAAGAAGUACUAUGCACCUUUUCUCUUGAACAACUGCACUCGGAUUUUUGUGAUGAUUAUCUUUCUGUUCAUGUUCUGUGCUGGAUUCUUCCUGCUGUUUAAGGUCAGAGUGGGUUUGGAUCAAGAGUUGGCCAUGCCAAAGGACUCGUACAUGCUGACGUACUUUGAAUACCUGUACAAGUACUUUGAGGUGGGUGUCCCCACCUACUUUGUAACAACUAGAGGAUAUAACUUCUCUACCCUGCAAGGAAUGAAUGGAGUCUGUGCCAGUGUGGGCUGUGACAACAAUUCACUCGUCCAAAAAAUUCAGUAUGCCACUGACUAUCCUGAGCUAUCGUACCUGAAAAUUCCGGCUAACUCCUGGGUGGAUGACUUUAUCGACUGGCUGAAUCCACUGAACGGCUGCUGCCGUCUCACCGUAACUGGAAACUUCUGCCCAUCAACCUCAAAUAAAAUAUGCAGAAAGUGCAUGGCCAAUGCAUUUGGUGAGGUUAGACCCAGUGCUGCACAGUUCAACAAAUUCUUACCUUACUUUCUUCAGGACUAUCCCAAUAUAAAGUGCUCUAAAGGGGGCCUGGGAGCAUAUGACAAGGCAGUUAUAAUUGGAAAUGAUGGAGAAAUAAUGGCCUCUCGGUUCAUGGCGUAUCACACCCCACUGACCAAUUCAGAAGAGUUCACGGCCGCACUGCAGAGUGCAAGGGAGCUGGCUGACAAUAUCACUAAAAGCAUGCGGAAGGUUCCUGGCACUGAUCCCAAUUUUCAGGUCUUCCCUUACACGAUUACCUAUGUCUAUUACGAACAAUACCUCACCAUUGUGUGGGAAGGGCUCUUCAACUUAUCUCUCUGCCUUCUCCCAACCUUUGUGGUGUGUUGUAUCCUGUUGGGCAUGGAUGUGCGGUCUGGAUUCCUUAACCUUCUCACAAUUGUUAUGAUCAUUGUAGAUACAGUUGGGGUCAUGACAUUGUGGAGCAUUGACUACAAUGCUGUAUCUCUCAUCAACUUAGUCACAGCUGUGGGCAUCUCUGUUGAGUUUGUUUCUCACUUGACUCGCUCCUUUGCUAUCAGCACACAGCCCGACCGGGUAGAAAGAGCAAAAGAGGCCACAGCAAAAAUGGGCAGCGCGGUGUUUGCUGGUGUUGCCAUGACCAAUCUCCCAGGAAUUAUAGUGCUGGCAUUUGCAAAGGCACAGCUGAUCCAGAUUUUCUUUUUCCGACUAAACCUGGUCAUCACUCUGCUAGGAAUGGCACAUGGUCUGAUCUUCCUCCCUGUGUUACUAAGUUAUUUUGGACCAAAUAUGAAGAACUCGGUACAACACAAGAAAGAGGUUUCACAUGAGGGGCACUUUGUGGAUGGAGCUGCGCAUGAAACUAGUGCUGGUUAUGGGAAUGGAACCUUCACACCAUAUCCAGAAAAUGUUCUACCCAAUAAGUCCAAUUUAAAUGGCUCAAUAAGCAAAAGCAAGCAAAAAUUCCAUCCUUAUGAUAGAAAAGAAAAACCAAUAGGUGUCUUCAACGAAAACGAUCACAAGGAUUUUAAGUUCUGCAUGUCCCACAUCGACUGA